CUUCGCCUCUUCCAACUCAUCUGUUCUUGUCCUCUUCCAUAUUGCUACCAACCCAAUAAUCCCAACAAGUGCCCCUCGGAAGGGAGACUGAAACAUGAGUAAACCCGUGUUGCCGCAGGACAUUAUGCUCCUCAUAUGCGAGGAGCUCGGUCUACGUCGCCAGUUCGGUACCUUGUUCAACUGUUCCCUAGUGAACCAUCGAACCGCCAGUAUCGCCGUCGAACAGCUUUACGGGAUCCUGGAAGUUAUGGAUCCGUUCAUAUUCUAUACAAAUCAAUCUAUCCGUCUCUGGCGGGCCAUCAUUUUGUCUAGUCUCGGGGCUACACGCUUUCCUUACUGUGCAUAUAUGCGUGCUCUGUCUCUAGGCAGCCUUGUUGAAUGUCUGGACGACAUUCGCUCUGAUGCAGCUGCUCGUCAAUGUUUCUUCGAAGGCCCGAUGCAAGAUUUCUUAGUCUUACAACGGGGCUACGAGUCUGUCAAGACUACCCGCAAGAGACUACCGCCUCUCGAUAACCCGGCUAUCACUAGCAAAUGUGCAGAAUCUAUUAUUCAAUACGCUAAGCAACUUGCCGAUGGUGACAGUACAACCAUGGCAUUGACUCAUCUAGAAGCCUCUGUUUUCCCUCGCGACAUCCUUCCAACCUGGCUCAGCUGCCUUGGCUCCCUGACUUCGUUACAGAUUCAGGAUGGGUCUGUGUUGGGCGUGGAGGCUGCCGGCGCUAUCACUGCGCACUGCCCUAAUUUCUCCGAGUUGACUUGUUUCCAUUGUUCCAGCGAUACUGCAGCUGAGGAUGUAGCCGCUUUUUUCCUCGCGCUUCGUCCUAAUACGCUUCAAAGAUUUGAGAUCCUUAGUCGCAAUAAUCUUAGUGGAGCUACCCUCGCUGCCCUCAGGACCCAUGCUAAAUCGUUGAGAGUCCUGGAUCUCAGGAGCCUCCCAGCAUCCACUACUAAGCGUAUUCACAUACUCUCCGAGUGUACUGCAUUAGAAAGGCUCGUUAUUGAGAAGGAUACAACAGAUGGGUCCGAUCUUGACAUCAUGACUGUAACUGAGAUGGUACAGGUUGCUGAAUGGCUUAGGAGCUGUAAAGCGUUGCGUGAACUAGGUCUUCACCAUGUCCGAGAUGCCUUGCCUAUCUUACAUCAUGUCCUACCAACCCCUGAGAUCCGUCUCGAAACUUUACACAUCCAGGACUGGCAUUUUGCUUCAGAAGAGGUGACCAAAGCGACAUGGGAGGCUCUCGGUCAUCAAAAACGGCUCAAGUUACUUGCCAUUGCUUCCCAAGAUCAGUCCACGAAUGAUCUUGUUCUAUCACAAAACCCCGAACUUACCGAUUCAAUAUGCCACCUAUACACUCUAACUAGCCUCAACCUAAUGCAGACAUAUGUGUCCUCGGACGAAAUAAGCCGUAUUGCCACAGCGCUUCCAGGCAUAGAAGAGCUUAGCUUCGGAGGAGAGCUAAUCGACGACUCAAUUCUCGAGCCAUUGAGUAAAUUAUCUAAAUUGGCAACUCUUACAGUCACCGCCGUAACUGCCUUUACGUUUGACAAUCUUUUGCGCUUUGCGGAAAGAUUAUAUGACGUUGGUAAUCAGGGCAUAAAAGUCGAGUUGCUCAAUCAAUGGCACGAAGCGAAACUAACCACAGAUGAGGAAAUGCGGCUAAACAUGUAUUUCGCGGACCACCUGAAAGGACAGAUUGCUAUCAGCUAUCCAAAUGACCCUGACGAGCUGCACGAAGCCGACUUUUCCGACAGCGAUUGAAACACUUCCCUUACCAAUUAGAGAUUCUACCCAGAAUGAUUCCAUAUGUCAAUUUCACCCCAGGCUUGCUGUCGGAGUCAGUAUCUUAGGAAAACACAUGUUGGAAACUUGGGUUAAUAUGCCAGUCGCUCAAAACCAGACGAAAGCUUCCUGUUGAGGGAAUUUGACAUGGAAACAACCAACCAACAUCGGAGCGCCCUAUGAUUUGACGAAGAGGGCGUUAUACA